GAUUAUGAGAACUUUAAAAUGUAGCUGAUAAUGUCUUAUUUACAGAACAUCAAACAUUUUAACAAAUAAUGGUCUAAGUACAAAUAUCUUAUUGAAAGAUUAAAGUGUUUGCUAACAGGUAGUUCUUAAAUUCUCUCAGCAUGUCUUGUGUGCAAGCCUGGAUUUUAGCCCUAUGUAUGGCGCAUACUUCUGGACACUUGUGCCUUAUAUCUCCCAGGCAAAGAGGGGCUCUGGAUGUAUUUGCGUCUGGCAGCCCGACGUGUUUCCGGCACGCGCUACCGUGCGGAGGCCAGCCCGUGCAGAACCCGGUAGAGGUGUACGCGCCCGGCCAGAACGUCUUCUUCCGGUGGCAGCAGAAUUUCAACCACUACGAGCCUGGAUUUCCAGGCUACAUGGAUCUGUCCAUCGCCUCAAGCCCCGAGAACACGAGUUUUACCACACUGACCGUGGUCACAGACCCGUACGUGCACGCACAGGACUACCAGCAAAACUACACGGCUGUCAUUAAACUCCCUGGAAUGGAAUGCGACCACUGCGUCAUCCGGGCACGUUACGACGCACAUAAACCUGGUGAGGACCCAUUCCUACAGUGCGCGGACAUUAAAAUCUCCAAAGGGGCGAAGAAAAUAGACACUCUAAAAUAUUUGUCCGCCGAAAGCAAGACUGACAAGCAGAAACUUGUACCUCUGAAGAGAGCGUUGAAACUGAAGAACUACUACGGACAAAAGUACAAAUCCAAUCUGAAAAUGGAGGACACAAAAUUGUACGGUUUUGCCUACAAUCCGUUCCAGCCCCAUAGAAGCAAUUAUAUAUCGGUCUCCGUGACCACUGGUGCUACUCAGAUAUUGAACAGCUUUGCCUUUGGAAUUGAUGACCCAUCUGGUGGUCAAGACAAUAAGUUCAUGCUAGAUGAAGUGGUUGCCAUUGACAACGGUAGAAACACGACGACGAUUCUGGUCCACGACGCUGCUUCGUCACGCGAGGAUGCGGCAACGAUCGUCUAUAGCAUUGGCUCGCAGAACGGAUCUCUGGUACAGACGUCUGGCAUAUUUAAGGACGACGGGAUCCCUAUUAAUGGGUUGUCGUGGUACAAAGACAAGCUGUAUGCGGCGUUCCGAAUUGUGCCAAAUGAUGAUGACUUUAUCUUCGAGGUGGGGACAUUAGAGAUCGGCGGCUUAUACACAAAGCGCGCCAUCCUUCCGAUCUCCCAGGAUCAGUUUGUGAACUUCCAAUGGCUAGAGACAGAAAUGAACAGCUACAACUAUAGGGACGUGUUCGCGCUCAUGGGCAACGAAAAUGAGCCCAAUUUGCUUUUCACCCGGAUCUACGUGUUUGAUCUGCAUCACGGACAAUUUAUAAGGGAUGUUGUGCUCGAUGUCAGUGAAUACACGUUCAUGUCAAUGCAUUCUUACCCGAAUGGUGGAGAGUCCAUGUACGCCUUCUCCCCGGGCCUGUGGGCGGACUCCGGUCACGAGUGGGCGUGGUCACUGGUUGCCGUGGAUACCAUGUAUGGGACGGUUACAAAGCAGUGUGACAUCGCGCCAAAGGGCAUAUUCCAGCGCUACUACGGCGGCUCGGUGUUCCAGGGCUCCAGUAAUCCGGACGGGUUUCUCUACCACGUGCUGCGCGUGAUGUACAGUGAGGCGGACUUUAUAGUGGGCGUUAACCCCGACACGUGUGAGGUGCGCUUCUCGGAAGUGACCAACCUGCGACACGUGCACUCUUUGCAGCUGGUAAAUCCAGCUCCGUGAUGAUGAAUAACAGAGUAAAAACAACUAUUUACAUGAAAAUCUUUCAUAUUUCUAUGAACGGCCGACAAUUAUUUAACAAUUAUUAUUACACAUUAAAAUAUUUUGAAGUGUAUGUCGUUUUUGAAACCUGCAUGCAUUUACGUUAUUAUCAUCUCUGAGUGGUUGUUCUUUUUUUGUCGCACAAUUAUGCUUUACCAAAAACUUGAAGGCGUUAACUAUCUAUCAUUUAAAAUAACCAGCUUAUAUUUUGUCUUAGUUUGUGUAUGUAUUUGACGAUGAGCUUCACUUGUUUAAAUAAUCAAUAAACUGUAUGUUCUGUCCUGUAAA